CUGCUCAGUAGAAGCCGGGGCCGUCGGUAGAUGGCGGUAACCCAAGAAACCUGAUCCACCGGGCUCUCGUGCACUCUGUCUCAGUUUGCAGCACUCGCAUUGAAGGCAGAGGAGCUGAACAGUUUGAAGGACAUCUAAAGAAACAGGAGAGCUCACGGCGGGUGCUCUCCAGUUUUGCGCGCAGCUCUCGCGAGCAGGAGACGGAACGCUUUGUCUUAAAGACAAACGGGAAAAACUAAGAGCACCAUGGAAGACAAAUCUAAUUCGUUCUCCAGCAACAAGGAGGAGAAGGCGGAUGGGAAUAAUGUUUUUCAGCGGCAAGACUCGAUACAGAAAAAUAACACGGGGAGCCAGAACAUGAAGGACCAUGGCAACUCAGUGGGCUUCAAGGGGGAGCGGGAAGAGGCCAUGGUCGGUUUUGACGAUCUGGAAGGAGCGUCCAGGCAACAUGGUUUUAUGCAGAGGCAAUUUGGGGCCAUGAUGCAGCCCGGAGUCAAUAAGUUCUCCUUGCGUAUGUUCGGCAGUCAGAAAGCCGUGGAGAAAGAACAAGAAAGGGUCCAGACGGCCGGAUACUGGAUCAUUCACCCAUAUAGCGAUUUUAGGUUCUACUGGGACUUGAUAAUGCUCAUCAUGAUGAUGGGGAAUCUAAUCAUCAUUCCUGUGGGAAUAACCUUCUUCUCAGAGCAGACUACUACCACCUGGCUGGUCUUCAAUGUGGCUUCGGACACCAUCUUUCUGGUGGACCUGGUCAUGAACUUCAGGACGGGGAUUGUCAACGAGGAGAGCUCUGAGAUCAUCCUCGAUCCAAAGGUCAUCAAGAUGAAUUACCUGAAGAGCUGGUUCGUUGUGGACUUCCUCUCCUCCAUUCCAGUGGAUUAUAUCUUUUUAAUAGUGGAGAAAGGCUUUGACUCGGAGGUAUAUAAAACAGCCCGCGCUCUGCGAAUUGUCCGCUUCACCAAGAUCCUCAGUCUUCUGCGUCUGUUAAGAUUGUCCCGGCUCAUCAGAUACAUUCAUCAGUGGGAGGAGAUUUUCCAUAUGACCUAUGACCUGGCUAGUGCAGUGGUAAGAAUAUUUAAUUUGAUAGGGAUGAUGCUGCUUCUGUGUCACUGGGAUGGCUGUCUCCAGUAUCUGGUGCCUCUCCUCCAAGACUUCCCACCUGACUGCUGGGUGUCCCUAAAUGGUAUGGUUAAUGUUUCCUGGGGUAAGCAGUACUCCUAUGCCCUCUUCAAAGCCAUGAGCCACAUGCUGUGCAUCGGGUAUGGUGCCCGGGCACCCGUCAGCAUGUCUGACCUGUGGAUCACCAUGCUGAGUAUGAUUGUAGGUGCCACGUGCUAUGCUAUGUUUGUGGGCCAUGCUACCGCUCUUAUCCAAUCCCUGGAUUCCUCUCGCAGGCAGUACCAAGAAAAGUACAAACAAGUGGAGCAAUACAUGUCCUUCCACAAGCUUCCAGCAGACUUGCGGCAGAAAAUCCAUGACUACUAUGAACACCGCUAUCAAGGCAAAAUCUUUGAUGAAGACAACAUCUUGAGUGAGCUCAACGACCCACUCAAAGAGGAAAUUGUCAACUUCAACUGCCGUAAGCUUGUGGCUACCAUGCCUCUGUUUGCUAAUGCCGACCCCAACUUUGUGACUGGGAUGCUGAGCAAGUUGAAGUUUGAGGUUUUCCAACCCAAUGACUACAUUAUUAGGGAAGGCACUGUUGGGAAGAAGAUGUACUUUAUACAGCAUGGUGUGGCAAGUGUCAUCACCAAGUUCAACAAGGAGAUGAAGCUAACUGAUGGAUCAUAUUUUGGAGAGAUCUGUCUGCUUACCAAGGGCAGACGAACAGCGAGUGUGCGCGCAGACACCUAUUGUCGACUCUUCUCCCUCUCUGUUGACCAUUUCAACGAGGUGCUAGAAGAGUAUCCCAUGAUGCGACGUGCUUUCGAAACUGUUGCCAUCGACCGAUUGGACCGCAUCGGGAAGAAGAACUCUUUGCUGCUGCAGAAGUUCCAGAAGGAUCUGAACGCCGGCGUUUUCAACACACAGGAGAACGAGAUAUUGAAGCAGAUUAUCCGUCAGGACAGGGAGAUGGUGAUGAUGGUGGACCGCAAGCAGUCAGUCACCGGGAUGAACUCAACACCAAUGUCAGGAAACUCCAUCAUUAACUCACCAGCCCAGCCACCCUACUCCACUGCCUUUGGCACCACUCAGCUGCAGCAGUCCUCUGUACCUAUGACCUACAGUGCUUCGGCUAUUGCUAAUGCCUCUGUUGCCCGCAUGUUGCCAGUCGCUGCCGCUGCUGCUGCUGCAGCACAGGGAGUUUACCCAGCUGCCAGUGUUUCCCAUGGCAACCUGAAUUCUUCCUCAACCAACCCACAGACACCACUCCAGCAGCAAGGAGCAAUCAUGUCACCCUGCUCCUUCACAGCAGCCAUGUGUAGCCCGCCGGUUCAGACCCCCUUGGCCAGCCGGAGCUUCCAGUAUGGCUCACCCACAGCCUCCCAGCUGUCACUUAUUCAACAGCCAUCUCUACCCUCACAGCAACAGCUUGGUCAGCAGCCUGCUGGGUCAACGGCUGCUGCAGCCUCGGCAGCGCAGCAGCAACAACCGUCGCCUCAGCAGCAGCAGGUCCCUUCACCUCAGCGGGGAGACAUCCACAAGAGCACACAGGCUCUUCAGUCAGGCAGCUUGAGUAGAGAUGUCCGACACUUAUCGGCCUCCCAACCAUCACUGCCACAUGACACAUCUCUGGGGCCCAGAGUUCAUCCAACUUCAGGAGACUCUCUGGCUUCCAUUGUGCCACCAACAGCAGCAGCAAUCCAGGGAAUGAAUCUUCAAAGUGGCAUCCGCACUACAGUACCCCAGCGGGUCAAUUUGUUCCGCCAGAUGUCGUCAGGAGCCUUGCCUCCAGUGCGCUCGGCUGCAGCUGCAGCAGCGGCGGCAGCGGCAGCCUCAUCGUCCUCAACCCAGCACAGGGAAUCCCCCGGAUCUAGGAGAGAUUCUGUCCUGAGCAGUACAGAGACUGAGCAAGACAAAAUGCGUUUUGCAUCGAAUUUAUGAUCCCAUGUUUCCCUCCCCUCUCUUUUUUUAAACUUAAAUUUGUUUUAAUUCAUUUUUAAAACAGAAAUAUAACAAAAGAGGUAAUAAUGAGGAAUUUCAGCAUUUUUAUUUCUCUCCAACUUUCCUCCAAAGUAACCUCAUAGAAACCUUGUAUAUAGAAGCCCUUGUAUUAUAUUAUUAUAUUUUAGACAAUUUUGUCUCCCUAAACUUAAGAAAACUUAAGAAUGUAUAUUAAACACGUACAUUUUAUCACUUUCUUUCAGCAUAUAUAUUAUAUAUAUAUAUAUAUAUAUAUAUAUAUAUAUAUAUACUGAUGAUGAAUGAAUGUGUGUGUGUGUGUGAGUGUGUGUGAGAUCCAACUAAAAUAUUGGCAAUGGCAAUUUAAAGCUGUAGUAUAAACAGGAGUCUUCCUUUCUGAGAAUCAUAAGGAAUAUAUCAUGUAUAAAGUUUUUAUUUUUAUUUAUUAUUUUCUUUUGCUUUUUUUUUUAACUCGAUUGCAUUGUGCAUAUCUUGUUGUUCCUUUUUAAGCAAAUGAAGAGGAAAAUUGUCUUUUCCUAUUAAGCAGCUUUAGGCACCACUGUGGAAUUAUAAAUGCAAGUAACUCUGACAGAGACAUUGAAAAAGCACAUUCUCAUAAAAUGAAUCUCAUAAUAAUUUGCUGAAUUCAGAAAUCAACAUAAAUAUUGCAACCAAGUAUUAUGUUGCUGUCAGCAAUGAGAAUACAGUCUGCUGAGCCGCUUUAUUCCCCACAUCGGCUCACAUUUGAACCAUGACAGUGUUAUGGGUCCAAAGGGAAUAGAUAAAGAAAUGCUGCUUUUUUUUGUUAAUCUUUGAAGAAGAUAGAGUGCAGAGAUGGAUAUGGAUGGAUGCUAUUGUUUUUUUUUUUCUUUUUUUUUCUAUUUCUAAUUUCAGAUGGCUAAUAUGUUAUGUAAUGUGGCUUAAAAAUUCUGUGUAUAUUUAUAAUAUUUAUAAACUAAAGAGUAUCACCAUUAUGCAAUAGACUGUGAUAUAAAGAUUAUAUAUGUGUGCUGUAAAUAGUUUUGUAGAUCUAGAAUUUACAGAUACUGUGUUGUGCAUUCUCUAUCAUAACAAUGUCUUACUUCUAUCAGGAACCUGGAAAUCAUCUAUAUGCGACAAAGGUUAAAUGACAAAAUACUAUGUUUCAUAAGAGAUAAACAAACCUUAAUGCAAUAGCUAGCACCAGUUCAUGCUGAGAAAUACCUAACUGAGGGACAUUAAUAAUCCCUUUUGUCCUCUCAGUCUGUUUGCUUUUCUUAGUUUGACUGUAGUUUCUGAUUUUGCAUCAGUUGAACACACAGUAUAUGGUAUCCUAUUUAAAGUAAAUGUAUAUUUUCUAUCACUUCCCAAAACUUCAGAAGAUCAUUUAAUGAUUUUUCUGAACUGCACUGCCUGCACUUCAUAUAUAUAUAUAUAUAUAUAUAUAUAUAUAUAUAUAUAUAUAUAUAUAUAUAUAUAUCUUGCUCAACUGCCCUCUGUUUAGGACUGGACUGAAAGCUGUCAUAUUAUUAUUAUUGUAGCCAUAGACCGUUGCUCAACAAUCUUUCACCCUUUUUUCAACACAUAUUUUUCACUCACAGAUGUUGGGUAUCCAGAUGAUCUAGUGUACAGGGAAACACGUUCACUGGGCAGUGUUUUUGUAAUGCUCGAAGUGGGUGAAAAGAAAUGCUGGUUUGCAUUAAGGUUUCUGUCUCAUGUAAAUCCAUCAUAUGGGGGCUUAGGUACUCUAAACUGACCCGGACAUUAAGGCACGGACGUAUGGUUUAGUGAGAAUAUUGUGACUCUAUGAUAAUAAUGAGUUUUUUUCAUCAAACAUCAUCUGACAGCUCAACUGGAAUAAGCUGACCAUUAGAGCUCACGGGUUCUUUGCUUGCAUAAACAGUUGGUUGUAAAUUGUGCUCAAGGCCUUCCAGCAGUCUUCUUAAUCAAAUUUGACAAGUUCUCAGUCAUGCAGAAUUUCUAUUUAGAGUCACAGUUUUCAUGGCAGCAAAUAUCCCAUCAGUUCACAGUGACUAAGCCCUUUGAGAUACUGUUUUUAAAGAUUACACGUCUUCACUACAGUUUGUGUCAAUAGUGUACCAAUACAGUCAACCCACCAAUGUCAUGAAAGCAUGCGCUAUCACAAAUACUUAAAAAGAUACUAUCUCAAAAAUGUUGACGUUAAAUGUAAUGUUAGAUUAUGUUUUGUUCAUUGUCUGUCUGCCUAGAUGUUAUCUGUGCGUGAACAGAAGCAUUGACCUUUACAUGAACAUUUUGAAGUAUUUGUGCCUAAGCUAUCGCCAUGUUCCAUCCUUUGUUAUGAGUGUCCGCUCGGUGCAUACAAGGGUCACUUCUGCACACAACUGCGCAUUCAUUCUUACUAUACUCUAUGUGUUUUAUGUCUCAGUGUUUUUAAACAAGGAGCGAGUUAGUAAUGAUGAUGGCCAAAUGUCUCAGUUGAUCUAAUUGGUUUCUUCACUCACAUUGUGAACUUCUAGAGGCAGGCUUUUUUUCUAUCACUCUCAGUCGAGCUAUAUAGAAUAUGUCAUGAGGUCAUGUACAGUUU